ACCAAACUUCGUCAUUGGGUUCCAAUUCUUCUAUUCUUUGUGCUUGUUGUCUAUUUAAUUGUGGGAUCUGCUUGCUUUUGGUUUUUCGAACACCAUCGACACGAGCAAAACGUCCGGAAAUGGUACAUGAAUCUUGCAGUCAAUAGGAGACAUUUUGCGAGGUCCAUCAGCUCGAGAAUCUUCAACGAUACUCGAAAUCUACUUAUUAUUAUCGACAGGGAACAGACAGAACGAGUUCAGAAUCGGGAUUCGCUGGCCGUAGGAGGACAAAUCGACAUGGUGAGGGCAAGUCUGUCUGGUCGCAGUUUUGCUGGUGUGGUUUAC